CCAGACUUUCAUAAAAAAAGAUAUCCUCCAUCAUCAUUUGAUUCAAUCACUUGUUAGAAACUUACCAUCAACAUCAAAUCCAAUUUACAACCACCCAAAACACUCAAAAUGGCUCCUAGAAUCCUCUUUGUUCUCACCAGCCGAGCUACGAUGAACAACGGUGCACCCACUGGGUGGUAUCUGCCCGAGUUUGCCCGGCCUUAUUUCCACCUGAUUGGCCCAGAUGAGGCAAAGCCCCGAGCUGAAAUUGUUGUUGCUUCCCCUGCUGGUGGUCUUGCCCCAAUCGACCAAGUGUCAGUCAACAACUUCAAGGACGAUGCCUCAGUCAAGUUUUACGAAACCAGGAAGCAUCUCUGGGAGCAAACCGUAGCCCUCAAGGAAUUUCACGGAAAGGCAUCCGAAUUCGAUGCAAUUUUCUAUCCCGGCGGUCACGGGCCCAUGUUCGAUCUUGUCAACGACAAGGACUCCAUCAAGCUCAUUGAGGAGUUUUACAAUGCCGGCAAGAUUGUUGCGGCUGUCUGCCAUGGCCCCAUCGCUCUCGUGAAUGCCAUCGUCGACGGGAAGCCGCUCCUCAGUGGUCGCACGGCCACUGGCUUCAGCAACGCGGAAGAAGACGCUAUAAAGCUGACUGAAGCCAUGCCUGCUCUGUUGGAGGACGAAAUCAGGCGAGUUGGCGGCACCUAUGUCAAGGCAGAUGCACUCUGGAAGGAGCAGGUUGUUGUCGAUGGACGCAUCAUUACUGGCCAGAACCCAAACUCUGCCCAGGGUGUUGGUGUUGCGAUUGCUCGGGCUCUUGGUCUUGAUUCUGCUUAAUGGCUUGACCUGUAUUCGAGGCAGACAUGGGCGAUGCCAAAUGUCUGUUGCUGGCAGAGGAUAGAGUAUGAGUAUGUUGAUAGACUAGAUAGAUUUCGUGACAAUUGAAAAGAUUUUAUUUAUACGUGGUUUCAGGAGGCUCAAGUGCAAUCUUUUAUUUCAAGUCUGUCU